AACGUGCGGCUUCAGUGAGGUCAGUGCCUGGCUUGCCUGGCCCACACCAGAGCUUCAACACCUUUCACUGCUAUCUGUCCAGGGGAAUCGCAACCACCACAACCAACUUACCUCUCAUCACGAAACAUUCUCGACCUUCCUCACCGAUCGCCAACGCGAAUCGCGUCUUUUACAUGACCGCCGACGACAACCCUGCAUAUCAGCGACAUUGAACGAUACCCAGCGAUCCCAUUUCCAGCCUUCGUUCUACCCUUAGCCCGUCGAUCCACCGGCACCUCCGUGCUCCCGAACUCCACGAUCCUCAACCACCUACUCACCUUUACCCUGCAAUCCUGGCUUCCCCGGCCGGGUUAGCUGGCCGAGGACGUCCAGCGCCAGUCGAAUGAAUGCAACCCCUAAAUCCAUUCCUCGCUGCCUUCUUCCGAAGCUCCCUACCCUCCCAGUGUACCCCGGUACAUCACCACAUCCUCCUGGUCCCGACCACCGAUGUCCUCCUCACAUGCCGCGAAGUCGAGAGCGGCUCGACCUUCCACGAGCUUAUCACCUCGGAGGAGUUCCUAGCUAGCCAUGUACUUCGCGUUCCCGCUGCAAAUACGGCCUCGGCUGCGGGCGGGAAGGACGCGGCGCAAAACCUGCGCGAGCUGAGGGGCAAGGCGAAGCAGUAUCAGACCAUCAAUGGUCGCACAGUCGUCAUCAAAGAUACACACGUCUACAGUAACAAAGGCUUCAAGUCGCUUGCGCAAGCUCAAUUACUGAACGAUUCGACAUGGUAUCCCGACCUCCUCGAGCCCCGCCAAUGGCUGAUUUACUACAUCUCGCGACCGCUGGUGGGAGUAUGGGAGGAGACCAAGAUCGAGCCCGCCAUAUUGGUAGAGGGCAUGGCGAGGAGGAAAGCUCUCGAACAGAGCCAGGCAGCGGCUGCCGAGAAUGGCGAAGGCGCCAUGCUUCCUCGAAAGAAGGAUAUCAAGAGCUUUCACGACCUCCUCAACCAUUUCCCCAUCAUCGCACGACAGAUGCAACCUGGAUUGGAAAAGCUGUUUCGAGAGUUUACGACCGUGUUCGAGCGACCGCUUCCGCCACCCCCUUCGGCGUUACGCAUACCCGACCCCGAGCCCGACGGACCUAUCACUACGGCGAUGAGGAAGGCGCGGUCCAACAGCAUGUCCGCAGCCAGGCGCCCCAACGGUUUGACUAACGGCCUACCCGUGACGGAGAACUUUUACGCCGAAGACGACGAAGACGUGAUGAGGGCUUCGUUGGAGACUGCGGUUACAGCCGCCAUCGACUUGUUCCAGGGGGUUGACAAGCAGCAACUCUCGAUGCUGGGCGCUACGACCGACCUGACGGGACCUCUGGUCGAAAGACUCAUCGAAAGAUACGUCACCGAGAACACACAUCACCUCCUAUUCCCACGACUUAGCGCAUCGAAACGACCUUAUGAUCUGGAGUUGGAGGCCAAGAUUCGGCAGAUGGAGUUCAUUGACCUAUCUCAGCUUGGCAUCUCCAUAGAAGGUGGCUCGCGAGGGAAGCACGAACUGACGAUACAGCUUGGCCUGGCCGUGGAGGAGUUCAAGAAGACAGCCAAUGCCAUGAGCCCACAAGAGAUGCUCGAUCUGCUCCUGUCGACCAUGAAGCUGGUCACACAUUUGACGGAGUCUUCACGAGCGCAGGCAGCCUCUUCGACCGAGAAGCCGACUCUAACAGUCAAUGCCGACACGCUGGUUUCGUUGUUGCUCUUCGUGGUCAUCCGAGCGCAAGUUCGACACUUGCACGCUCGACUCAUCUACAUCCGUCACUUCAUCUUCAUCGACGACGUCGACAACGGCGAGAUGGGAUAUGCACUGAGCACCUUCGAAGCUGUCCUCGCAUACCUCGCGCUGGACUCGUCAGGAUUACGAAGAGCUAGCCGACGAAACAAAGCGCUAUGGAAUGCCACUUGCAACGGAAGCCUCGACGACUUGAAGAAGAUCAUGGAGCCCGACGAGAAUGCCAUUCUCGACGAAGACCUUUACGAUUCGCCAGAAUCAAGUCGACGUCCUUCUCACAGCUGGAGCUUCACCAACGGGUCUGCCUCGCGGAGAUCAUCAACAGCAGUCACCAUCUCGGAUCGCUUCUCAUCAGGCUCUGGCCUGAGCCAUGUGUUCCCAUUCCAGGCCGAGGAUGACAGCAGCGAGAUUGACUUCCCUCUGCCACCGCCACCUCGAAAGGUCAAGAGGGUCGCUAUGGAUACACGAAGUAUGUCCAGCGGCUCGGAGAUUUCAUACCACUCGAGGGCGACCAGCAACGGCACUAUUGGAAGCGUCCUUGAGGGCGACGUCACAAUUGACCGGCUUUCGCAGACCCACAAUGCUUUCGGGGAAUCAAUAUUGAUGAUGGCUGUGCAGAACGAAAGGCCCGAUGUCCUGCGGUACUUAUUGACGUUGAGCGAGUACUAUCCUCUUUCUGUCGUUCUGGAUGACAUCAACAACGAAGAUACGACGCUUUUUAGCGCUGCGGUUCAGCUGGGGCAUACGGAGCUGAUUAACAUUAUUCUCGAUUUCAUUUCGAGGCUGGCGGCAAGAGAGCGCUUGAUUGAGUAUUUUGCUCAGCAAGACAUUUGGGGGCGCAGUUGUGCGCAUUACCUGUUCCACGCACCGUUUUUAAUUUCUCGGAUCGGGAGAUUAGUUCCCUGGCGGCAAAAGGACAAGAAUGGGCAGACGCCGC